UAGAUCAUCGGUUUCUUGUGUGGUUUUGUUUCAACCACCGGAUUCGACAAUGCCGGCGUUCGGAGACCAUUCCAGCAUGAACAAUUGGUUGUCGGAUAUUUCAUCGGAGAUGGCGCUGUUCGGAAAGUACGAGGUCGGAAAAUUAUUGGGGCAUGGGGCGUUUGCAAAAGUUUACCAAGCGCGCAAUGUGAAGACCGGGGAGACCGUGGCGAUUAAAGCAGUGAGCAAACGGAAAGUUCUCCGAGGAAAACUGAUGGCGCAGGUUAAGAUGGAGAUCGCUAUCAUGCACCGGUUGAACCACCCCAACAUUGUCAAACUCGUCGAGGUGUUGGCGACCAAGACAAAGGUUUACUUCGUCAUGGAAUACGCCAAAGGUGGGGAAUUGUCCUCUAGGAUUAAGAAGGGACGUUUCAGCGAAGAUCUCAGCCGUCGUUAUUUCCAGAAGUUGAUUUCCGCCGUCGGAUUCUGCCACUUAAGAGGCGUUUACCACCGCGACUUGAAGCCGGAAAAUCUCCUCCUCGACGAAAAUUGGAAUUUAAAAGUAACCGACUUCGGACUCAGCGCCGUAUCGGAACAGGUCCGACAGGACGGUCUCCUCCACACUUUAUGCGGAACUCCGGCUUACGUGGCACCGGAGAUUCUGGCGAAGAGGGGAUACGAUGGCGCCAAAGUCGACAUUUGGGCAUGCGGCAUCAUUUUGUUUUUCCUCCACGCUGGGUAUCUCCCGUUCGACGAUUCCAAUAUGACGAUGAUGUACCGUAAGAUUUAUCGAGGUGAAUUCAAGUUCCCGAAAUGGACGUCGCCGGAGCUCCAACGAUUGAUAUCUCAUCUCCUCGACACCAACCCUGAAACGAGGAUCACCAUUGAUGAAAUCAUGAAUGAUCCAUGGUUUAAAGACGGCUUUAAAGAAGUCAAAGUCCACCCCUUCUUCGAUUUCGAAAUGAAAGAAGAAACACAAAGCAACAUACGCUUAAACGCUUUCGACUUAAUCUCUUUCUCAUCGGGUUUCGACCUGUCCGGUCUGUUCAACGACGUCGAUUUUCCCGUCCAACAAGAGCGGUUCAUAUCGGCGGAGAAACCGUGGAAGAUAAUAGAUAGAAUCAGGGAUGAGGUUGACAAAAUUAUGAACGUUGAAGUUAUAAGCAUGACAGAUAGUGGGAUACGUUUGGAACACCAGUGUAGCAAUUUGGUCAUCACCAUUGAUGUUCAUCAGUUGACGGAAAAGCUCGUAGUGGUGGUGGUUAACCGCCGGGAGCUCAACGCCGGGUCAAGUGACGAACUUUGGAACGAUAAAUUGAAACCCAGACUUUUCGAUUUGGUAUAUAAUUCUGGAAGCGACGCAAAGCAAGAAUCUGAGUAAUU